UUGAUAAUCUCCCUGUACUUGUUUUUGGCGUCUUAUAUAACAAACCCAAGAGGACUCAUGUCUUUUCUUGACCAUGAGGCCAGUCGGGAGAGCCUGACUUCACUCCCCCGGCGAGACACCAUGGGGAGCUUCCUCCCCGACAGCAGCUGCUACGAGCUCCUCACCGUGAUCGGGAGGGGCUUGGACGAGCUGAUGACGGUGAACCUGGCUCGGUACAGACCCACGGGGGAGCACGUGGCCAUCCGGCGAAUCGACCUGGAGUCCUGCACCAACGACAUGGUGACCUACCUGCAGGGCGAGCUCCAUGUGUCCAAGUUGUUCCACCACUCCAGCAUUCUCCCAUACAAGAGCAUCUUCAUAGCCGAAAACGAGCUCUGGGUCAUCACGCCGUUCAUGGCUUAUGGUUCGGCAAGAGAUCUCAUCUGCACACAUUUCGCCGACGGCAUGAGCGAGCUGACCAUCGCCUACAUUCUGCUGGGCAUGCUCAAAGCUCUGGAGUACAUCCACCACAUGGGAUACGUGCACCGCUAUGCUUCACACUUAACGCGCGCCGCCGGCGUUUUUUUUUUUUUUUUCCGACCGGCGAUGCAUUCACUGCCCUCGCUGUUCAGAAGCGUGAAGGCCAGCCACGUCCUGAUAUCUGCGGACGGGCAGGUGUGCAUGUCGGGCCUGAGAAGCAUCUUCAGCCUGAUCCGCCACGGCCAGCGGGCCAGGGUGGUCCACGACUUCCCCCAGUACGGCGUGAAGGUGCUGCCCUGGCUGAGCCCGGAGGUGCUGCAGCAGAAUCUGCAGGGCUACGACUCCCGGUCGGACAUCUACAGCCUGGGCAUCACAGCCUGCGAGCUGGCCAACGGACACGUGCCCUUUAAGGAUAUGCCGGCCACACAGAUGCUGCUGGAGAAGCUGAAUGGCACCGUGCCCUGCCUGCUGGACACCACCACCAUCCCCCCGGAGGAGCUGUCCCUGAAGCCGUCCCGGUCCGGGGCCGACUCCGGCAUCUGCGAGGGCCCCGGGGCGGGCGGGGUGCGCCACUCCAACGGGGAGCCCUCCUCCUCCUCGUCGGGGGGACACCCCUACAACCGGACCUUCUCCGCGCAGUUCCACGGCUUUGUGGAGCUGUGUCUGCAGCGGGAGCCCGAAAACAGACCAUCUGCCAGCACCCUGAUCGGCCAUCCCUUCUUCAAACAGAUCAAACGCCGGCCUUCGGAGGCGCUGCCCGAGCUGCUCCGGCCCGUGUCGCCCAUCUCGUGCUCCCAGGCCCAGAACUCCCCCUCCGGACUGGCCAGCCUGGAGUCCGGCCUCAGCCACCUGGACGUGGACGACUGGGACUUCUGA